AUGGAGGUUUCACUGCACAACAACCACCACAAAUGCUUAUCCAAGAUAGCAACCAACGACGGCCAUGGUGAAAACUCGCCCUACUUUGAUGGCUGGAAAGCUUACGACGCAGAUCCUUACCAUGCUGAAAGCAACCCCACCGGCGUUAUCCAAAUGGGUCUUGCCGAAAAUCAGCUUUGCUUUGAUUUGGUUGAAGAAUGGGUCCAGAAGCACCCUGAAGCUUCCAUAUGCACACCUCAAGGAGGUUUUGGUUUCAAGGAGAUAGCCAUUUUUCAAGAUUAUCAUGGCUUGCCCAGUUUCAGAAGGGCGAUUGCUAAUUUCAUGAGUCAGGUUAGAGGAGGCCGUGUAAGGUUCGACCCUGAUCGGAUUGUGAUGAGCGGUGGAGCCACCGGAGCUCAUGAGACCAUGGCUUUUUGCUUGGCUAACCCUGGUGAAGCUUUUUUGGUGCCCACCCCUUAUUAUCCAGGGUAUGUAUAUACUCAUUUCACCCUUUAUUAA